UUUGGCAACGCUGAAACACCGGACACAUUAAAAGUCAAAAUUAACAGGUUAUGAGUACUGUCACAUAUUUAUUUUGAAAAAAUGGAAGAUUUACAUCUGUCAGAUACUCUGCAAAGAUAUUUUUCCGAUGUUUUUUUAUGUUGCGAUGAAGAAAAAUCCGGUAAAGCUACAGUAAGCAAAACUAUUGAACUAAUAGAGUCAGGGACUGUGCCUGAAGACGUCAUUUCACAGAUUUCAGAAAUCUGUUGGACCCCAAACACGAGUCAUCUCAACAAGAAACAAUUUUUUUCUGCUUUGAAAUUAGUAGCAGCUUACCAGGCCAAUAUUCCCGUCAGGAGUGACGUAGUUACUUCAAAAGUUGAUCUCCCUCUUCCUCGAUUUACAUGGACCAUCAUAGAAAAUACGAGUCCUGUACAAGAUCUGAUUGAAUUACGACAUGAUCUGAAUAACUAUACGGAACAAGUUGAUACUGCUAGCACAGAUUCUGAAGUGGACAGUGAAACGGUGAGAAAUGGUUCUCCAAGUGCAUCUAGCGCCGCUUCGGACAGUCCCACACCUACAAACAGUGUGCAGGAUAGGAGCUGGGUAGUACCAGGAGUGUGGCAGGGACUUCUAUCCGAAGAACAGAGACAGUUGCUAGGUACUGAAGAAGAAUCAUCAGAAAAACAUAGCAGCGAAGAGGACACCGAGGUUUCUAACGAGGUCUGGACUAUAACGGCCGAACAGAGAGAGUAUUACACCAAUCAGUUCAGAUCCCUCCAGCCGGAUACCAAUGCCUUACUAGCCGGCCCUGUAGCGAGAAUGUUCUUCGAGAAAUCCAGGCUCCCCAUUCACGAACUCAGAAAAAUAUGGCAACUAGCCGAUGUAACCAAAGACGGCGCCUUAUCGCUACAAGAGUUCAACACGGCUAUGCACCUCGUGGUUCUGAGGAGAAAUCACAUCGAGUUGCCGGAAGUCCUGCCUCCCUCUUUGGCCCCAGGAAACGAAACUCCAGUAUCCGGCAGUCCCGAAACAGAACCUAUCUUAUCACCCCAAACGAAAGACACCGCGAAAGAAUGGACGAAGUUCAUAGAUAGCCCCACCAGCUCGGUAUCUUCCCCGGGACCGAAACCUGUCAAUUUUGACUUCCAGAAGGUCACCCUGGACAAAGAUCCGAAAAUAUUGCACCCCGUACCUUUACGCCUUACCCCUGAAGUAUCCAACGCCCAAAUUGAAGAUCAGACGGACAGCAUCGACCUGCACAGCCCCAAGAAGUUUAUCGACGCUUCUACAGUUUCGCUUGCACAGAACACGCAGAGUUUGUGCGUUAAUGCGCAGAAUAGCGCGAUACAGCGACCGCAGCCGAAGAAGAUCAGUAUUCCGGGCCGGGGAGCCAUACCGCCCCCUCCCACAAAUCAGAACAGCGCCGAAGAAGGUCCUAUAAGUCUUCCCGCGUUCCCUCCUCCCAAAAAAGAAAAACCUCCUCCCCCUCCACCUAGACCGUUCAAAACGCAUGGGCGCAGUUCUUCCCUGGACUUGAACAGGCUGACCAAACUGGGAGCGCCCCCUAUAGUGCCUCCCAGGAUCAGCCCGAACAUACAGGGCGCCAAGAAGCUUAUCAAUCAAAGAUCUGAGGGAGACUGUGUAUCUCAAAUCGAAACUUUCGCCGACUUUGACCAGUUCGAGAAGUACGAAAACGUCUCUGAGGGGAUUUUUCGUGGGGACAUUUAUGAAGCUCAAAGGAAGAAACUGUUUGCCCAGCUUUCGGCUCCAGAGAAUGAAGAUGCACCUCCUCAAAAGCACGGGGCUUUUGAGGUCUAUCGAAAGCCACAAGUUAAAGAGAAGGACAGUCCCGUAUCUGCUGAGGAAAAGGCCAAAUGGCAACUUUUCAAGCAGUUGCAGGACGAAAAUACGGUGCUGCUGAGGAUUUGCCAAGAACUAAGCCAGGAACUGGCCGAGCUGAGAGAGGAGAAGCUAAGCUUGAAAGUUAGGUUAGAAAAACAAAUGAACGGCGGCUAGGGUAGGUCGAUUUGAUUCAUGUGAACUUUAGUCCCAGUAAUUUCAAUAAUUACCAUCUCAAGUUAUCCUAGUACCUACGUCAUUGUAAGAACACCAGUGUUUCAAAGGAUAUAUUUCAAUUUGGCAGUAUUUCUUAUCGAUAGAAGAUGUGCAGUAUAUAUCAUGUUUUUGUUGAGCAUUAUUUGAGUAAAAAUAUUGUAUUUUUUGAGAUUCUAUGAGGGAAGUUAUUUGAUAAAGAGAAAAUUUAAUCGAAGAGAUAAAUAUAAUUUUAAUUGUA